AUGUUACGAUUGAAGAAGGUUAUUACUACAGGGUCGUCAUCGACAUGGACGACUACACUCAAUAUAUAUAGAUACUAUACAUCAGCAUCAUCACAACAACAACAACAACCAAUAGUAUAUAAUGGACUGAGCGUACCUCAGGAGCUAAGAUCACUACAGGCAGCAGAUCGUCGCAAGUACCUGUUACAAUGCUCAGACAAACAGCUCGCACAGGAUAUUGUCGAUAUGAGUCAGCAGUUGGCAAAGAACACUGCACCGCAUCAUGCUCGUCUGUCCUCAUUCUUGAAUGUACCGCAACAAGAGGUCACAGCCUCACCAUUCACUUUGAGAGCGGCAGCACUCGCUUUCAACUCUGGCGUCACAUUCAAUCAUCAUGAACUGCGUAAAGUGAUCACUCCAAUGGACGACUAUGAGCGACUGAAACGCAAGGAACAGGCCGAACGUAUUACAGAGAAGCUAUCACAACAGUUGCAUACGGGAAAGAAACAGCAGACACCUCAGGUCAACAACAAGAAGGGCGCGUCAUCAAACAAAGGAAUGAGCGAGUCGACCGAGCAGCAGAUCGUGCAACGUGCCGAGCAGGACGAGACCACUUGUAGUGCAUUGAUGAAGACGGCACCCAAGUGGAUGUUGGGCGAGCUGGAGAUGCCAAAGUACAGCGCCUUUCACCAGGAGGACCAGAUGGCCACCUACAACCCUAGCCACACAUCAAAGUGGACCCCACACGAGUUGAUACAUCGUUGGUGCAAGUUCUAUUGGAGUGAUGGACAGACCAAGUGGGAGAUGUACCUGGGCGCCAAGCUCAACGAGCUGAUCCCUGUUGUUCACUGGCAUGCUUUGGACGAGGUGCUGCGAGUCAAGUCCCCUCAACAAUGGAUGCAGAUGGACUCGACACAACAGUUACAGGCGGCUGAGCAAGCGGCAGCCAUGAUCAAAGGAGCGAUCACAUACUUUGAGUCAGAGCUGGAGCUCUUAGAUCAGGAGAUAUUCAAAGGACUCAACUCACUCACAAAGCAUGGCAUCAACAAUGAGUAUCAUCAUGAGGCCACCACCAAGGACGAUGCAGUGUUACCAUGGGACCAGCUCAACUCUGUCACAGACACAAUGCUCUAUGUCAAGAGUCACUAUGGAAGGAUGCAAUGUGAGCCAUUCAUGGCGGUGCUCACAUCACUCGAAGAAGACACUGACUAUAUAGCGUCAAUUGGAGAGUAUCGCAAGUUCAUCGAGCAGCGCUUGGACCAGCUACUCUUCCAUCCGGUGGCAGUCAGCGACAAGUCUGCCGUUGCCAAUCUGGAGCAUCGCACAAAGGUAGACCUGUUGCUACGCGAGGCCAACAGACAGUUCCAGGUGUACUAUCAAUAUGGAAUGACUGGUGACAAGGAGGCAGCCAGUGAUCUGUCCAAGCUUCAGCAUCUCUGUAGGACAUUCAAGCGAGUGAUUACAUCGGACUUUAUGCAAGAGGUCAGACACUAUCUGAAUCCUGCAAUGAUUGCCAAUGGACUACCCAGUCUGGUACCCAAGUCAGAGACACUCACAGUUAGACAGGUGUAUGAAGGUCUAAUCUCUUGUGUACCCGCCACAUCAACGAUGCUUGAGUACUGUAUCGAGAGAGGACUGUUGGAGAUACCAGGUGUCAAGACAAUGGAUGGCCUGGUUGAGCAAUUCACACGAUCAAUAUACUUCUAUCAGCGACUACCACUAUACACACGCCUCCAGCAGUUCUUGGAUGCACAGAGCAUCAAAGUACCAAUCAUAUUUAAACUUCUAAUCGACUUGGAAGAGAUGAUAGUCGUUCAAACAAAGAAACUGACAGAUCAUUGGAUUGAAGAGCUGUCGGUGUAUGUUGAUGAAGAGUUGACAGGUGAGGAGAUGGAGUCAUUCACAAUACUGCCAUCUAGGUCAUUCCAAAUGAUAAAGACCAAUCACAAUCAACUGUCAGAGGUGCAUCGUGUGUUCUCAGAGGAUAUAGAUGCAAAGGUACAAGAGAUGGAGGCUACAAUCAACAAUAAGAAGAUUUUGGAGCGUGAGUUGGCCAAGUACCAUGAGGGCAUCGAGCAGUUGGUUCAAAAGUCAUUCGAUCCAAAGCAAUACCAGCACGAGACCAUGUACCUCGUGGGCAUAUUCGAGGGCCAGAUGUACGCCCUUGAGAUGCCGAUGGCCUGGGAGAACAUAUGGAAUGUGUUGCAAAAGAACAACAAUGGUCUAAAGUAUGCUGAUCUCCGAAGGGCAGCCUCCGCUGAUCAAUCAAAACUCGAUGAGAAGUCCCUCAUUGCCACCCUGUUGGACUUGAAUCAGUAUGGUGCUAUUGGAUUAUUCCCAAAGAUUGAAUAA